AUUAUCACCUGUGUUUGGUAUUUGGUGGGUAUUGAUGAAAUGUAUUCUAGAUGUUUGCCGCCUAGAUGAAUGUAAAAAGCGAUAGCAGAAGUCUGAGCAUCAUUUAGAUUUACACGGGAUGCAAGGAAGUACUGGGGCCAAAGAAGUAGAACAUGUGAGGUGCUGCUGGUACCCAACUCAAGCAAUGACUGCAACACCCUCAUGCUGACUAGGUAGCAAUUUGAAUGACGCUGUUUUGUUUUUCGGAGAUUCAUCAUGGCGAUGCAUACGAAGGCGACACCGCCACAGAUUCCCGACACACGUCGGGAACUCUCGGAACUGGUCAAGAGGAAACAAGAACUUGCGGAGACAUUGGUGAACUUGGAAAGACAGAUCUAUGCAUUUGAGGGCAGCUACUUGGAAGACACCCAGAUGUAUGGGAAUAUCAUUAGAGGAUGGGACAGAUACCUCACCAACCAAAAAAAUUCCAACAGCAAGACAGACCGAAGAAACAGAAAGUUUAAGGAGGCAGAGCGUCUGUUCAGCAAGUCUUCAGUCACUUCUGUAGCAGCUGUCUGUGCACUUGGCGGGAUACCAGAUCACAUGAAUGAAAAGCGUGAGCCCGGCAGUGGGACAGAGAGCGACACAUCCCCAGACCUCCAGAACCAGGAGAACGAGCCCAGUCAGGAGGACACGGAGGACGCAGACGGGGCACUGCAGGACCUCAAACCCCAGAAGGCUGCCUCGUCCUCCUCCGGAAGCCAUCAUGGGAGCCACAAGAAAAGGAAGAACAAAAACAGACACAGCCCUUCUGCCAUGUUUCAUUAUGACUUUGAGUCCUGUUCCCUUAAUCCAGUUAUGAAAAAGUCUGCUCUUCCUGCCAAAAUGAGAUGGGGAGCUCACAGAUUCGACAUGAAGGUGAACAAAAAACCCAGAGCGGACUAUUCAACCUGAUGAAUGGGGGUGUUAAGCACUUCAGACCAGAACUGGCCACACAGGAGAAGUCUUCAGUUAAGCAGAGAAUCAAUUCUCUGGGCUUUGUCAACUUUAUAUGCCUUAUGUUAACUGACUCGGUUUCUGCUUUGUGUAUAUUGCAUGAAAUGUUGCCCCUCCCCACCUGCAACUAGAAAUACUUGUGUUUCAUGAUUUUCCUGCAGAAAAGUACAAGGUGUGUAAUUGCAUGUUACUCAAUACCCAGCGGGGGUUAUUGUAUAGUGUUGAACAUUCUAUGUUUAUCAUGUAACUUCACAUUUUCCUCUGCUCUUCUUGUGACAAAAAAUAACAAGAUUAUAUUUGUCGUUGUGUGGGUUUGUUAGCUCUAGAAUAUCCCAGCUUCUGUUUAUUAUUUAAUUUUUUUAGAUUUGUUAAGCAUAAAAUUGUAAUAAAACACUGAAAUGAUAAAUAUUACUAUAUAUAGUUUUAGGGUAAAAAUCUAAAUGUGUGAAGAUCGCGGCCACCAGAAGCAUUGAAAAUGUCUUGCUGUUAAUCAAAAUCUCAUCUCUGUCUUUACUCUGCACUCUUCAGUGAUCAUAUAGCAGGGAAAUCAAUAGGGAAGCUAGUUUAUGACCAACAUCUGUGUCUGACGGCAUCUACUGUCUGGUUUCAUUGUGGCUUCUUCAUGGCCCUGUUACCUGUCAAGGUGCUCAGACAAGGCUCUCUCUCUCUCUAGUCCACCAUCUUAUUGUCUCAAAUAGCUCACUAUUCCAUUUAUACUGCACUACGUUUGACUGGUGACAUUUCAGUGAGUUCAUGGAAAUAGUUUUAGUACUGUGUUCACCUUCAAACGGAUUCAUUCUGACACCCAAGUAUGAUUAUAAUAACUCUGUUUACACACAGAGAUAUGACGUCAUUAUGGCAUUCCUACAGUGGCCGUUUCAGAGAUUUGAGUUUGAUUUCUGAGCAGUGGCAGUUAAAGUGAACCUGGGGGCAACAGGCUGACAACACAUGACCCAUGCCAUGUUGGGAGGGGGCAACAGGCUGACAACACAUGACCCAUGCCAUGUUGGGAGGGGGCAACAGGCUGACAACACAUGACCCAUGCCAUGUUGGGAGGGGGCAACAGGCUGACAACACAUGACCCAUGCCAUGUUGGGAGGGGGCAACAGGCUGACAACACAUGACCCAUGCCAUGUUGGGAGGGGGCAACAGGCUGACAACACAUGACCCAUGCCAUGUUGGGAGGGGGCAACAGGCUGACAACACAUGACCCAUGCCAUGUUGGGAGGGGGCAACAGGCUGACAACACAUGACCCAUGCCAUGUUGGGAGGGGGCAACAGGCUGACAACACAUGACCCAUGCCAUGUUGGGGAACAGUGUACUAUAUGCAGUUUAACUAGUAAUUGAACUACAUUUUACAGUAGGUUGGGUGGUACUUGAACGAAAUUCAAAUCUUGGUACUGUUUUCAGUAGGUAACUUUUUGUUUUGUUGUGUAGCUAACUAGUGGAACUACACACUUUUGCAAAAGGAAAAUAAAAUGUGGCUGAAGUGGGCAAUCAUU